ACCAAAGCUGUUUCUCUAUAUAGUAUCAUCAUUUAGCAAGUUGAUUAUCAGCAAAAAGGCAAGAUCUUUUUCUUACUUUUAGUCAUUUUCUUUAUAGUUGGUUUGAAUUUUUUAGUAGUAUAUGCUUUCUCUACAGUUUCAACUCCAAAUAAAGAUUAAAGACAACUUGCUAACUCUAUCUUGUUCUUCCCUCUGAACUAUUGUUCUCUUCUUCUUUAGGCUGCCACUCAAAGUAUCCAUUUCUAGUAAUUUUGGAAGAUGCUAUUCAAGAACCUGAGGCAAUUUUGAGGUGAAAUAUUGGAUUUUUAUUUGUCAAUUUGAGGUGAAAGAUUGGAUUUUUAUCAGUCUUAGUUUCUUGAUUUUGGUUCAAAUAGAUGUAAAGAUGAAAUCUUUGAGCACUGUUGGACUUGCUCUAAGUAUAGUAUUUGGUUGUCUUUUAUUAGCUCUUGUUGCUGAGCUAUACUACUUGUUAUGGUGGAAAAAUAGGAUUGUUAAAACAAAUCUUGAAGAUGGUAAAGUAAGAGAGUUUUGCUAUAUGUUUUGUGGGAAAUCAAGAACUUCUUUGAAUCCCAAUGCCUUAAAAUCCCAAGAAAUUUGUUCAUCUGAUACACAACUAGUACAUGAACCAACUCAACUUCAAGUUCAAGUUCAAUCUAAUGUGGAUUCAAAUACUGAUUUUUGGUUCAAACCCUUUGGAGAUGAAGCAAUGGAUAAUGAAUUUAUGGGACUUUGUGGACCACCAAGAUUUUUGUUUCCUAUCAAAGAGGAAACAAAAGAAGAUUUGGAGAGUGAAGAUGGAAAAUCCAAAAGUGAAAAUAAGAGUAGAAAAGGAUCAAGAACUAGAAGUUUGAGUGAUUUGUGUCUAAAUAUUGAAACUCCUUUUUUAACUCCACUUUCUUCACCUUCUUGUUUUACACCUCCUUUAAGUCCUAUUGUUAUGCAAAAAAAUAGUUUCAAUUUCAAUAACCCUUUUCUUGAAUCAGCAAGUGAUGCUGAGUUCAACAAGUUUAUAAGGUCUAAUUCACCUCCACCAACUUUUCAAUUCUUGAGGGAUGCUGAGGACAAAUUUUGUAGAAGAUUUGUGGAGGAAAAAAUCAUCAAGAAUGAUGAUCAUGAUGUGUCAUUUCAAGUUAAUCAAAAUCUUGAAGUUUCUUCAAGUUCAAAGUUGUGUAAAGAUGAGGAAAAUAGUGGUCCAUUUAUCACACUGAUUUUCCCUAAGAACAGAGAGGUACAACCUGAUCAGCAUCACGUACAACACUCAAGCUCUUCACAAGUACUCCCUUUAGCUUCUUCACCUCCAAUAAUGAAGUUGCCAAUCCAACAGGUGAACCAACAAGAGUAAAUUUUGUUUCAUCCCCACCCCAACCAUCCAUUUGAUUGUAUUUAAAAAUGACUCAUUUUUCUUUGUUUGAUUAGUGUAUGGUUUUAGAGCUUAUUUUGCUUGCAUCAUUUUGACUUGGUGAUUUUGGAGGUGAAGUUAAUGACUAAAAGCCAAGUCAUAGUGCAAUAUUAUUGGAACUUCUUAGUUUA